AUGGCGGAUUCAACGCCACCAACUUCGCCAGAAACUCGAGGAGAUGGACCCACGGAGGCCAUGGAGAAGGAAGAGGCCAAGAUGGCAGAAGCCAGACGGAAGGCAGAUGAGAAGCGCGAACGGAAGCUGGCUGCUGAACGCGAAAAGGAUAUCAAGGGUGGAAAAGAUGUUGUCGAUACAAAGUACAAAGCUUUGGAGUAUUUACUCAGUCAAUCGAAGCUUUACUCAGCGAUCAUGCUGGAGCAGAUGUCGCAGCAAGAGCAAGCCGACGAGGCAAAAGACGAGAAGAGCCGCAAGCGGGCGCAAAAGAAGGAAGAGAAGGCAGAGCAGGCAGCUCGGGUCGGCCAAACGAGAGCCACCAGAGCUGCUGCAUCUACAGAGGACACUGCCGGAAACGCAGAUGAAGCAUCGUCGAAGAAGCAAGCGUCGAAGAAAGGACGUCCGACGAAGAAUGACAAGCGAGGAAAGAUCUCCGAUUACAUGAACAAGGAGGAUGUGAGAGCGAAGGCCGGGCAGACCUCGAUAUCUCAGGCAUUGGCCGAGGAGACCAAAGACUCCGAUGUCAAACCGUCCGAAAUUGGUAUGCAGGACCUACGCUCCGCCAAACAACCAGAACUGGUGACUGGAGGCCUUAUGCGGACAUAUCAGCUGGAAGGACUGGAUUGGCUUACUUCGCUAUACGAGAAUGGACUGAACGGUAUUCUAGCUGACGAAAUGGGACUGGGGAAGACGAUUCAGACAAUCUCAUUUCUGGCAUUCUUGAAAGACAAAGGCGUGCACGGUCCUUUCCUCAUCGCAGCUCCUUUGAGCACCACCAGCAACUGGGUUGCCGAAUUCCAAAAGUGGACGCCAAAGAUUCCUGUAGUGCUGUACCACGGAAGUAAGCAGGAGCGUGAGGAGAUUCGACGGGAAAGGCUACGAAAUCCUGGGAGCGAAGACUUUCCCGUGAUUUGCACCAGCUACGAGAUAUGCAUGAACGACAGAAAACACCUUGCUCACUUCGGUUGGAAGUUCAUUAUCAUCGAUGAGGGUCAUCGUAUCAAGAACUUGAACUGCAGGCUCAUUCGCGAGCUGCAAUCCUACCAAUCGGCAAAUCGUCUUCUCAUCACUGGUACCCCAUUGCAGAACAAUCUGACAGAACUAUGGUCAUUACUGCACUUCCUCAUGCCUAACAUUUUCGACAAGUUGGAGUCGUUCGAAGCCUGGUUCGACUUUAGUGCGCUGAAAGAGAAGAAUGGCUACGAACAGAUACUGUCUGAGGACAGAAAGAAGAACCUGGUCGCCAGUCUGCAUGCCAUUCUCAAGCCAUUCUUGCUUCGGCGAGUGAAGGCAGAUGUUGAGACAUCACUUCCAAAGAAGCGAGAGUAUGUCUUGUACGCGCCUCUGACCCAAACGCAGCGCGAACUGUACCAAGAGAUCCUGGAAGGUAACAGUCGAGCGUACCUGGAGAACAGAGUCGUGGAGACACUCAGUCGAAGUGCUACACCAGCCAGCAUCAGGAGCACCAGCAAAAAACGAAAGGCCGCAGACGAGGCAACGACUCCCAACAAGAGUGCCAAAUCAAGUCGUGCAUCUACGCCGGCAACCACUGGCAGUACAGGCGCACGUUCCAGAAAGGCGAAGAAGAAUCAGAAAUAUGAAGAAGUGUCGGACACGAAGUACUUCAAACAGCUUGAGGAGCCUGAGCCUGAGCCACUAGAUGAUGAGCUUGGCGAGUCCGAAGAUGAAGAAGAUACCGAGCGGUCCAAAACGUUGGCGAUUGCGAAACGCGAAAUUGGGCAGAAGAAGUUGCAGAAUCCAGUCAUGCAACUUCGUCAAUGUUGCAACUCGCCACACAACUUCUUCUAUCCGUUCGACUUGGAUGACAAGACUCCUGUUGACGAGUCACUCGUUACGGAGUCCGGGAAAAUGCUCCUUCUUGAUCGACUCUUGCCCGAGCUGCUUGAUAAAGGCCACAAGGUCCUCAUCUUCUCGCAGUUCAAGACCCAAUUAGAUCUCCUCGAGACCUACUGUACCGAGCUCCGACAAUGGCCGACCUCGCGAAUCGACGGGUCUGUUGCACAGACGGACCGCCAGCAACAGAUUCUUGACUUCAAUGAUCCGAAGAGCGACGUAAACAUCUUCCUGCUUUCGACACGAGCUGGCGGUCAGGGUAUCAAUUUGGCAGCUGCUGAUACCGUGCUACUUUUCGAUAGUGAUUGGAAUCCGCAACAAGACCUGCAGGCUCAGGAUCGUGCCCACAGAAUUGGACAAACGAGGCCUGUUAUCGUGUACCGCUUUGCCACAAAGGGCACAGUCGAGCAGAUGCUUUUAGAGAAGGCGGACAGCAAGAGGAGACUGGAGAAGUUGGUCAUCCAAAAGGGUAGAUUCAGGAACGUGCGUGGUAGUGAAGGCGGAGGUGCGGACUUUUCAGAGCUGCAAAAGUUACUUGGAAAAGAUGACGGAGAGCGAAUCGAUGUUGCUGAAGGCAAAGGAUUGUUGAGUGAUGAAGACUUGGCUAUCUUGACCGAUCGCAGUGAAGAAGCAUUCGAUCGAGCUGAGAGGGGUUUGGACACUGUUGGCGAGAUGUUCAAGGCGGUACAGAUGAAGAAGGACGGCGAAGGUUUGCUGGAGAGUUUGCAGUAA